ACUUGAGUUGCUGCCUGGUCAGACGGUGACGGUCGUCGGCAGAGAGAAGGAAGCAACAGUGCCAGGCUCCAGUGUGCAUUCCAAGUUCUACAUUCCGUGCACAGACUCCCGGCGCCAGAGCGAAGGCUGACCCUUGGCAGGACACUGGCCAAAGAAGUGGAAUUCUGAAGUUAUUCCUGAAACUCUGCCCUAAAUCAAAGGAGCCAGAGGGCCUGCAAGUUCCCCCUGUUCUUCCCUUUCCAGAAGCAACAAUGGCCUUGAGUGAUGUUGAUGUGCAGAAGCAGAUUAAGCACAUGAUGGCUUUCAUUGAGCAGGAAGCCAAUGAGAAGGCAGAAGAAAUAGAUGCCAAGUCUGAGGAAGAGUUCAACAUCGAGAAAGGACGCCUUGUGCAAACCCAACGACUGAAGAUUAUGGAGUAUUACGAGAAGAAGGAGAAGCAGAUAGAACAGCAGAAGAAGAUCCAGAUGUCCACCAUGAGGAAUCAGGCCAGGCUGAAAGUCCUGAGAGCCCGAGAUGACCUCAUCUCAGAGUUGCUGAAUGAUGCAAAGCUGAGACUCAGCAGGAUUGUGGCAGAUCCAGAAAUCUACCAGGGGCUGCUGGAUAAGCUAGUGCUUCAGGGUCUGCUCCGGCUGCUUGAGCCUGUGGUAAUUGUCCGCUGCAGGCCACAGGACAUCCUCCUGGUGGAGGCUGCGGUGCAAAAAGCCAUCCCCGAGUAUAUGAUCAUCUCCCAAAAAUGUGUGGAAGUCCAAAUUGAUCAAGAGGUGCACCUGGCUAUGAAUACAGCUGGAGGUGUGGAGGUCUACAGUGGCAAUCAGAGAAUAAAGGUUUCCAAUACCCUAGAAAGUCGACUGGAUCUCUUGGCCCAACAAAAGAUGCCUGAAAUACGAGAGGCCUUGUUUGGAGCCAAUGCCAACAGAAAGUUUUUCAUAUAAGCCUCUGCCAAGUGAAACUCAGGUUGAAUUGCUAAGCCAUUGAAAGCAUAUGUUAUUAGGGCAAAGGAAACUAGUCAGGUUUCCUCCUCUUUGUUGCUUUGAUAGAAUUCUGUCUUCUUUCAUGAAAUACCCUUGGAAUAGCUAAACGCAUAUUUUGGAAUAAAAC